AGCCUUUAAAAAACAUGGGAUCAAUCAAAGGGUCCCAGUUGUAAACAAAUGAUGUUUCAAUCAAUCCAAAAACUGUGAAGAGUCCAACUGAAAAUGGGAAGUCUCUUUCAUCACCCCAAAUUUUAAAAAUCAAACAUUUCAAAAGUGAUUCAUCUCAAAUAACUAAUAAGGAAGCUAAACAAAAACCCCAAGCUUCAGAAUUUUCACUCUUCCAAGGAAGACCCAAAUUGAGAAUUCUCGUCUUGGUUCUAACAUUGGUGUGGAUUAUUGUUUCGGUUUGAAGCACAAACUUGACGACAACAUCUGAUCUGGCUGUCAUGCCCUGUGGGUCAUUGUUUCUGUUUGAGCCUUGAACUUGAUGUUGGCAUCUGGUGCGUUCCUUCUUUUCCUCUGUUUCAACUUACGUCUAAGAAGACCUUUAGCAUAAUGGGAGUUCCCUUACGAAGUGGUAAUGUAAUUAAACCAAGUGAGAUGACGAGGCUUACUAUAACAACUUUUGCUGGAGUUUUUUUGGGAUUCCUUAUAGGAGUAUCCUUUCCAACACUUUCAUUAACUAAGAUAAAUUUUCCAUCCAGCCUAUUCCUUUCCAUUGAUCUAACGUAUAUUGAGGACAAACAUUCUGGUCUUUCAACACGAAAACUAUUUAGUGCUUUGAGCUCUCUCAAGGAUGAUAAGGUUGUCAUGGUAGCAUCUAACAAAUCUGAGAAGACAAAGAUCUGGAUUCCAACAAAUCCACGGGGUGCUGAAAGACUUCCACCUGGCAUAAUCACAUCGGAGUCAGAUUUCUAUCUCCAUCGAUUAUGGGGUCAGCCAAGUGAGGACUUGACCAUCAAACCAAAGUAUCUCGUAACUUUUACCGUUGGUUAUAAUCAGAAAAGCAAUAUCGAUGCAGCUGUGAAAAAGUUUUCUGAGAACUUCACUAUUAUGUUGUUUCAUUACGAUGGCCUGACCACUGAAUGGGAUGAAUUUGAGUGGUCGAAGCGAGCUAUUCACGUGAGCGUUCAAAAGCAGACUAAAUGGUGGUAUGCAAAGCGGUUUUUGCACCCCGACAUUGCUGUGCCCUAUGACUACAUUUUUAUAUGGGAUGAGGAUCUUGGGGUUGAGAAUUUUGAUGCGGAGGAAUACAUAAAACUUGUCCGAAGACAUGGUUUAGAAAUAUCACAGCCUGGUUUAGAUGCAAAUAGCGCAUCAUUGACAUGGGCAAUGACAAGGAAGAGAGACAACACUGAAGUUCACAUGGAUACAGAGGAGAGACCUGGCUGGUGUUCUGAUCAACAUUUGCCUCCUUGCGCAUCAUUUGUCGAGAUCAUGGCUACCGUCUUCUCUCGGGAUGCAUGGCGAUGCGUUUGGCAUAUGAUUCAGAAUGACUUGGUUCAUGGAUGGGGUUUGGAUUUCGCUCUUCGGAAAUGCGUAGAGCAGCCGUCUCAUGAGAAAAUAGGUGUUGUUGAUGCUCAGUGGAUUGUUCAUCAAGGUGUACCGUCUCUCGGGAACCAGGGGCAACCGGUGGGCGGAAAGGCAUCAUGGCAAGGGGUGAGGGAAAGGUGUAGGAAAGAAUGGACUAUGUUCCAAGAUCGGAUGACCGCUGCAGAGAAAGCAUAUUAUGAAGCAGUAGAAUCAAAUCCUUUUUAAUUGAACAUCUCAUUAGUUGAUGUUACUGGGAUUUUUCAUUUUCUUUAAAGCACUCGUAUCUUGUACAUAUGUCGGGCAGUUAAAAGAGUAUACCAACAAAUAUCCAGUACAUAUGUUGAACACUGAUCACUUCUAAGUUCAUUUAAUCCACCAAAUUGAUUAUUCGAUUCAA